AUGGACUACGUUCAAUGGUCAUGGGACGAACAUCUCAAACUUGCGCAGGAGACGUUUCCGGGUCACUGGCCUUCAGACGGUGUCGGGUGCAUCCCAGAGCUUGGGAAAGACGCACAGGGUUCCUUCAACGCGCUGGAGAGGGUUGGCCUCAAUAGUGACAUCAAGAAGAACGACGUGCUCUUGUUCUUCGACAUCGACAGCGGCGAACCACCUAUGCCGGGCCAUCAAGCGCUGUUCCGCUACUCGGAGAAAAUCCGUGAGGGUACUGUACCGGAUCUCCACGGACCGGAUGACCCAAGCGCACUGGCUCCGCGGGAUGGGGUGGAGAUAUGCGCUUUACUUGUAAAGCAGGUUGUGAGCUACUGUCUUCCCGGCACGGAAGGCGCGACCUGUACCUGGGCAUUGGGGCAGCGCUUCAGUCUGGGAUGGCGCAUUCCUCCACGCUACCCGCUUCGUUGUAUGCGGAUCAUCAAACCAUAUCUCGAUUAUUUGCAUCCUCGGGAGCACGUGCUGACGGAUCUGUGGCAAGCAGUCCGUCUACACAACGUGGUCGCUGUGGCACAACUGCGCACUCUCCGCGACCGAAACCCGGUGAUCCCGCCCCCCGUAGGUACGCCCGAAGCGCCGGUCCUAUAUUGGAGUCCGGGCUGCUUGUACGGCUUGAACCCCGUGCCUGAGGGGGCGAUUAAGCCAGCGCUGGAGUUUCGACAAGAAUCAACGAUACGCGUCGCCACCUGCUCGUUCUUCGGGAAGGGCUGUAGGCGGAAGGUUUACAAUCCGGCUGAGGACCGCAUGGUUUGCUGCGUGUCGUGCAAGCGCUGGUACCACGAAGAUUGCUCCCUUCGUCCUCUGAACGACGAGGAGUAUAGGGGUGAAACCGUCCACUGGCGAGACGUCCGCAUCGCAGGCCCCGCUACACGCCGCUGCCCCAACGACGCUGCGCCUGUUUGGCAGGCAGCCCUUUGCGGUCUCGAUAUGCGCGUAGACCCUCCCGUGCACAGCUGGGAGCGUAUUUCCUUUGGGCUCAGGGAAGCAGGGCGCUUGGCUAAGGAAGGGGCCAUUUACGACGCCGCCGAGUUCCACGCCGAGUGGCGAGCUGCGGCCCAAGUCAAGCAAGAUUCUCCCUUCAUGGCACGGUUAUCGGACAGCGAGGUGGAUGAGGCCAUGCUAGUGGUCGAGCGACAUGGUCCGGAGAUGGCCGCAGGGUUGCGUCGGUUCAUUUGCAAUUAUUGCACGGAAUUCAUGUAG